AUGGGCAUGGCUUCCUCCAUGAAAUCUCUCAAGUCAACAACGAUUGCGCUAAUCCUACUUCACCUCCUAUCUCUGCAUUUCUCCCUAAUCAAGGCCCAAGGAGGCACUAACAAUGGUGAUGGCAACAGCACAAGCGUCGAUCUGCACUCCAGAGCUCUGAUUCUAACCAAAGUAUGGUGUCUCAUAAUCCUAUUGGUGAGCACUUUUGCAGGUGGAGUCUCCCCUUACUUCUUUCGAUGGAAUGAAAGCUUCCUUUUGAUGGGCACUCAGUUUGCUGGCGGUGUUUUCCUUGGGACGUCGCUUAUGCAUUUCUUGAGCGAUUCCAGCCAGACUUUCGGAGGUCUCACCACCAACACCUACCCUUUUGCCUUCAUGCUGGCGUCCGCUGGUUAUCUCCUCACCAUGUUUGGUGACUGCGUCAUAAGCUUCGUGGUCAACGGAACUGCAAGAAUGGAUAAAGUGGAGGUCGUAGAGGUGGAGGAAGGACAUGGAAGAGUUGCAGGAAAAGAGAUGGCCGCCGUGGACGUCAACCCUGUUUUCGUCAAGACAUCUUCAUUUGGGGAUACCUUGUUGCUCAUCCUUGCCCUUUGCUUUCACUCUGUGUUUGAAGGCAUAGCUGUUGGAGUUGCAGGCACCAAUGCAGAUGCAUGGAGAAACUUGUGGACAAUAUCCUUGCACAAAAUAUUUGCAGCCAUUGCCAUGGGAAUUGCAUUGCUGCGUAUGUUGCCAAAGAGGCCAUUUCUAGCUACUGCUGCUUAUUCUUUCGCCUUUGCUAUUUCAAGCCCUGUCGGAGUUGGAAUUGGCAUUGCCAUUGAUGCCACUACACAAGGAGCAGUGGCAGAUUGGAUCUAUGCUAUCACUAUGGGUAUUGCCACUGGUGUUUUCAUCUAUGUUGCCAUCCACCACCUUAUCGCCAAAGGGUUCAAACCACAAGAACACAGCUACUUUGACACCCCUUUCUUCAAAUUUCUUUGUGUCCUUCUUGGGGUGGGAGUUAUAGCAGUUGUGAUGAUUUGGGACUAG